AUGCGGAACCGGUUAAGCCUUCAAGCCUGGGUUGAGUCUAUUCAGACAGCUGCACAGGCCGAUGAUCAGGAAUGGCGGCGAAGGCUUGCCAAGAUGGGAAACGAGUUUGCCCAGGACACUCUGUCGCGGAACGGGUAUGAUGAAGGGAGUAGGUUGACUUUGCUUAACACAGUCUACUGGAUAUCUACUAAGGUGUUUCUGGUUCUGCGCGAGCAUCUCGGAGACGAAAAUUUGGAUCUAGCUGGUGGUGUGCUAUACGAGUUGAUCGAAAUUGACUGCCAAUAUUCUGAUGAUUCAGGUGCCGAGUUCCAACGCUGGAAGCAUGAUCAUCUCAAUCGACAUUUAGUCUCGUGCGGUGGCGCCAGCAGCAUCCGCAUCGAUAUCCUACCAGACUUUCAGACUAUUACCCAUCGGCCAGGUCCCAACCCCAAGGAGCUGCAUGAAAUGCAAUGGCAGCUUGGCACCGAGAGGGCUGGCAGGUUUAUCAAAGAAGAAGAAGUAAUCCCGGCUACUUCAAUUCACCAAGGGACGGGGACGAGAGACUUGAACGUCAGUCCAGAUGACGAUGAUAUCCCCGUGGACAGAUCAGACCUCAGAAGGUCUCUGUCUCUCCUUCGUGCGCUUAGAAAGAGAAGAGAUACUUUGAUGUCUUUAGAUGGCGGAGGACCGGCGCCUAGGAGCAAACGCCUGAGUUGGUUCACCAACAUGUUUGGACUAGAGACUGUUCUCUCCUUUCGGGAAUCUCCUGAUCCAAAGCCUGUGCCGCUGCCCGAAGGCUGCGUGGCGCCGCAUGCCAUUUUCGCUAGGAAAUUCUCUUUGAUAGCCGACAAUCAGCCUCUGCCGUUGUCGAUGUCUCACGAGAUGAUGCCCACAGCGGAUAUCAAGGCCAGGAAAUUGCUGGUAGAUGCUGCCGUGCAGGGAGUCUUUGUCGACCAUGCUGCUGCACCAUCCCGCGCAAUCCGACUCCUAUCUCACGAGACAAACGACGUUCCUCGUAGGCAAAGCGAUGUUAGUUCCCCUAGGCAAAUCAGAACACCAAAGUCACAACGCGGCCACGACUGGUUCGGGCUUGAUACCAUUACUCCAGAGCCCGAUAUUCGAAGACAGAGUCCCCAUGCGCGGAGCAUCGGCGUCGAAAGGUCACCGAGCAUAGGUUAUGGCGACUCCAUGAAGCGCGACUGCAAAUACCAUCCUCUCUGUAGCAGUAAUUGGUUCGGCCUGGAUGGUAUCGCAGACGACGAUGUCGGCACAAGCCCGUCAGACCGAGAUCGCGCCCGUUGCAAGAGUGUGGUGCGCACAGCAUGCGGGGUCGCCGCUAAGAGCGGCGGAUUGCAAGCGCCAACAAAUUUUCGUUCGAACUCACAGACCAUUCGGUCUCCUGCGCGUCACUUUGGAAAAUGGCAGGAUUCCCACGCCGGCGGAGAGUGUGGUGUUCCUGAUGAUCGAUGGCUGGUAGCAGACAAACCAAGGAUACACCCUGUCACCAUCGUCGAGAUCGAGACCCACAAACUACGGCUUGCUCCAUCAGUUGACCAACUUCGCGGCCCAACUGUUCCAACCAAACUUGCGGUUCUAUCCAAGACCUGUAACCCUCCCGAUCAUGACGGAGGCCGGAAAAUUGCCACGGAAGAUAUGCUUGGGAAAGCUCGAGAGCUGACCAUCACAAAGCAACAACCCGUCCUUCGUGACGUCGGACGGGGGUCUCGCUCCAGCGGGAUGGACUCGGGCGAUCGAUCGGAGAAGCUUUCUUGCUCCAGGACGUCGUCAAGGCCAAGUUCAUCUGAAGGGCAGGAUGCCAUGAGAUCUACGCGGCACCAACCGUCGCUUUCGGCCUUCUACGCCUAUGUUGAGCAUGACGGUUCUCCCUCGGGCUCAAAUAAUGGCUCGCAAGUAGAUAUUGGCGUCGUCCCGGGAUCUCGGGCAUCCUGCAGCGACUAUCAAGCGGAAGAUAUAUGGGUUGGGCAAGGCAAGACGCGACCAUCUUCAAGCCUAGAAGAGUCCGCUGUCCUUGAACCAUUGGCGCGUCUCGGUACACAGCCACUGGAGCAAUUCUUUCUACACCAGCGCCCCGCCUUGGAUCUGGCAGCACAUUCAGUUGACCUGGAAGCCAUUUUUCCACAAAGAGACCCUUCAUCUUAUCGCAGUCGGAUCGAGGCUUGGAUUAGGGAACUUCGGACGAGCCAAUUCGAAGACCCUGAACUUGUCGGGCCAUUUCCUCGACUUGUCCUUCGAAGAUCUCGCUCUCUGCUACUGCCGAUCGAUCGACGUACGGGACCUGACUUCCGGGAGGACUCAUUUCGCUCAAGGGUCGGGAACCUCAUCGAAACCAAACGUCAACGAAAAUCCCGCUCAGUUGGCUCUCGGUUCUCCGAUCGGCGCCAUACUCGAGAAACAACGUCAACGACAUCAACUGAUCUUCCCAUCAUGACCCAGGACUCGGAGAUACCGGGAGGCAAAGGUCGAGUGGCGGUACCCUCCGCUAUCAAGGGUAGCUUCAUUCCAGUUUCGCCCAAGAAGCAUCGAUCACCGUCGCCUCAGAAGCACAAGCCGAACAAGUCAGUGCAAAUCAAUCUGAAUUUGACUGAAAACCAGAUGGACAGAUUGACCGACGUCACAAGCGAGUCGCCAUCUCGCCGUAGCCGAGUGGACAACUUCAGUCGCCCUAGGUCGCCCGAGCGACACAUGGACUUCGCUGAAGCUUUCACCGAACCCCAAUCUUUGCCUCGGGGUCAUGGAAACCCUCACCAUCAGAAGUCUACCAACAAAGCCAAAUUCUGUCGCAAGCCUCUCGAGGAUGGCCACGAAAGCGACUCGACUACCUUUUCAGAGUUGAUGCCAAGCUCACCUCCCAAAGGCCACAAGGCCAAAGGCUCUCUGGCAUCGAGCCUGGCCGAACGUCGCCAGCAACAUACACCCAAACCUGUCAACGUUCAAGACAGUCGUCAGUAUGGGUCCAUCGUGGAGAAUUCUGGCGGCAUGCCCUCUGUUCGUCCGCCCAUGACCCCUGAUAGCCCUUCUUCUGCCGGAACUGUCCAAGCAGAGUCAUCCUCUAUCUACUCUCAGAGUGAAGGGCAUCCGAGCCCUCUCCGGAUUCACAGAGACGACAUCCCGCGACACAUUAAGCAUGUGUUGGAGUCGUACAGCGGCUGGAAAGAUUCAAAGGCUCCGGCGCUCGUUCCCGAUACGAGCGGUCGCGGAGGGAGUGUUCAAGGCCGUGGCCCGCCCAAGGGUAGACUGGAAGCUCUCAAACAGCCAGUCAUGGACGCAAGUGACAUAUACUCUCCUCUACAGCCCUAUUUUGCCUAUAAGGAACUUCCCGUACAGAGAAUUGCAGGCAAGACCCUGAUUGGCGAGCAAGGAUGGCUUGAGCGACCUGACAACACUCCCGACCGCAGGAGAAAGGACGGAUCCCCAAAGAAGCCUGGACUUCUUGACUACCUCAAGAAGAUUGCCAAGGAAAUGACUGAGAGCAAGACCACUCGGAAGCCCAGGGACAUGGAGAGAGAGGCGAAAGUCCAGAGAGUCACGAUCUCUCUUGACCCCCGUGAGCAGAGCCUUCUUUGCUGCGAGCUCGAGUUCCAUAUCAGCAACGCACUGCAUGCCUACAUCACUAAUGAGCUGAAUCAUGGUCGUCUGAACCCUGACAAACUCAAGAAAAUUGCCGAUGGAUGGACGCAGAAGGGCCGCCCAAGAGUUGUGGGAUUUCGCUACGAUCUUGAAACACAACUCGAUCUCGUCCAUCUACACAUUGACGAGUUCCAGUUCUUUGGUCGCCGUCAAGGCAACCCGAUGGAGAUCGCAGGUCUGCUUCACGCGAUGAAAAUCAACGCACGAUCUUUGCGCAUUCGUACUUACUGCCAGCCUGAUUCCGUCAUCGCUAAGCAGCUUGUUGAUUCACAAUCUCUCUGUAACACGAUUGGAUGCUCAGAGGCGCAGCAGAUAGCCAUUGCCGAGAUAGCCCAGUUCUUCAAGGUCAUUGUGGAGAGGGAGCAGGCUUAUCGAGCAAAGCUAGAUCGCGACAACACUGCACAAACACUGCCGCAUGGCCAGGGUGAUCGUCCGUGGAUACCAUCCAGAGAGCUGAUCGAAGGCACGGAUCCCUACGGUGGGCUUCACCUGAUCCCCGACGGUUACGAUGUUGGUAAGGAGACCCUUCGGUACAACAACUGA